UUGAUAGCCUUAUCAUCCCAUUCCCAGACUGCAUGGCUCGCGUAAGAUCGGACCACGGCCGUCACGAUUUAUUAUUUUUGUAACGCUGGGGUCAAGUCGCUGCUAAAACGAUUGUUUCGCAUCGGGGGAACAGUCAGAUCGGGAUUAAGGAUUCCUGCAAUGGCUCCUACAAUUCACAAUUAUUCAGGUAGCAGCAAGACCACUCUAGAGGAUGAACUCAGGGAGAUACUGCAGAAGAGGAUCAUGGUCUUGGAUGGUGGCAUGGGAACGAUGAUCCAGCAGAGAAGCCUGGAGGAGUCCCACUUCAGGGGAGAGGAGUUCAGGGAUCACCCAAAAAGCCUGAAGGGGAACAAUGACCUUCUUAGCAUCACCCAACCAGAUAUCAUCUACAAGAUACACAAGGAAUAUCUGCUUGCUGGGGCUGAUAUAAUUGAAACCAACACAUUCAGCAGCACCAGCGUUGCACAGGCUGAUUAUGGGCUGGAGCAUUUGGCCUACCGCAUGAACAAAGCCUCUGCAGAGAUCGCCAGGAAGGCUGCCGAUGAUGUCACUGCCCGGACAGGUGUGAAAAGAUUCGUGGCGGGAGCACUCGGCCCCACCAACAGAACGCUGUCGGUGUCGCCAUCUGUCGAAAGACCGGACUUCAGGAACAUAACAUUUGAUGAGCUGGCAGAGGCUUAUGCUGAGCAGACUCGAGGCCUGGUGGAUGGAGGUGUGGACAUCCUGUUGGUGGAGACCAUAUUUGACACCGCCAACGCAAAGGCAGCACUAUUUGCAAUCGACAAGCUUUUUGAAAAGGAGUAUGAGCCAAAACCCAUAUUUAUUUCAGGAACUAUUGUGGACAAGAGCGGUCGCACCCUCUCUGGCCAGACAGGAGAGGCCUUCGUCAUAAGCUUAUCUCACGCUAAACCGCUGUGCAUCGGGUUGAACUGUGCCCUGGGCGCUUCUGAAAUGAGGCCUUUCAUCGAAGCAAUUGGAAAGAGCACCACCGCUUUCAUCAUAUGUUAUCCCAAUGCAGGUCUUCCUAAUACAUUUGGAGGAUACGAUGAAACUCCACAGGUGACUGCCAGUCAUUUAAAGGAAUUUGCUGUGGAUGGAUUGGUAAAUAUCGUUGGUGGUUGUUGUGGAACUACUCCAGAACAUAUCAGGGCCAUCGCGGAAGGAGUGAAGCUCUGCCAGCCGAGGGUCCCUCCUGCUGAUGUCUUCCAGGACUACAUGCUCCUGUCAGGUCUAGAGCCUUUCCGCAUUGGCCCCUACACCAACUUUGUCAACAUCGGCGAGCGCUGCAACGUGGCGGGAUCUCGGAAGUUCGCCAAACUGAUCAUGGCGGGAAACUAUGAGGAGGCCCUGAGCAUUGCCAAGGCCCAGGUGGAGAUGGGCGCCCAGGUGCUGGACAUCAACAUGGACGAGGGCAUGCUGGAGGGCCCGACCGCCAUGACGCGGUUCUGCAACCUCAUCGCCUCCGAACCUGACAUCGCGCGGGUGCCUCUGUGCAUCGACUCGUCCAACUUCGCUGUGAUCGAGGCGGGGCUGAAGUGCUGCCAGGGCAAGUGCAUCGUCAACAGCAUCAGCCUGAAGGAGGGUGAGGAGGAGUUUCUGCAGAGGGCCAAGUGCGUCCGGCGCUACGGAGCCGCCGUGGUCGUCAUGGCCUUCGACGAGGAGGGCCAGGCAACGGACACAGAGCACAAAGUCCAGGUGUGCACCCGGGCCUACAACCUCCUGAUCAAUAAGGUUGGCUUCAACCCCAAUGACAUCAUCUUCGACCCCAACAUCCUGACCAUUGGCACUGGCAUGGAGGAGCACAACAUGUACGCUAUCAACUUCAUCAAGGCUACCAGGCACAUCAAGGCUACGCUGCCGGGGGCCAGGGUCAGUGGAGGCCUGUCCAACCUGUCCUUCUCCUUCCGGGGGAUGGAGGCCAUCCGGGAGGCCAUGCAUGGAGCCUUCCUGUACCACGCCAUCAAGGACGGGAUGGACAUGGGCAUUGUGAACGCGGGGAACCUCCCGGUCUAUGACGACAUCGACAAGGACCUGCUGCAGCUGUGUGAGAACCUGAUCUGGAACCGAGACCCAGAGGCCACCGAGAAGCUGCUGCUGUAUGCACAGAACAACGCUAAAGGCGGCAAGAAGGUGGUCCAGACGGACGAGUGGAGGGGGGGCACUGUGGAGGAGCGGCUGGAGUAUGCUCUGAUCAAGGGCAUUGAGAAGUAUGUGGUGGAGGACACUGAGGAGGCCCGGGCUCAGGCAGACAAGUACCCGCGGCCCCUGCACGUCAUCGAGGGGCCCCUGAUGAACGGGAUGAAGGUCGUCGGGGACCUGUUUGGAGCAGGGAAGAUGUUCCUGCCUCAGGUCAUCAAGUCGGCCCGUGUGAUGAAGAAAGCCGUCGGGUACCUGAUCCCCUUCAUGGAGAAGGAGAGGGAGGAGAUGAUGGCCGCCUCGGGCUCCACAGAAGAAGUGGAUCCGUACCAGGGCACGAUCGUGCUGGCCACAGUGAAGGGGGACGUCCACGACAUCGGCAAAAACAUUGUGUCCGUGGUCCUAGGCUGCAACAAUUUCAGGGUAAUCGAUCUGGGGGUGAUGACUCCCUGCGAUAAGAUACUGAGGGAGGCCAUUGAGCACAAAGCAGACAUCAUUGGCCUGUCCGGACUGAUCACGCCCUCGCUGGACGAGAUGAUCUACGUCGCCAAGGAGAUGGAGAGGCUCGGCAUGAAGACUCCCCUCCUCAUCGGAGGGGCCACCACCUCCAAGACCCACACGGCGGUGAAGAUCGCCCCGCGGUACAGCGCCCCCGUGGUGCACGUCCUGGACGCCUCCCGCAGCGUGGUGGUGUGCUCUCAGCUUUUAGAUGAGAACAUGAGAGAGGAGUUCUUCGAGGAGGUCACGGAGGAGUAUGAGGACAUCAGACAGGACCACUACGACUCUCUGAAGGACCGGCGUUUCCUGUCCCUCAGCCAAGCUCGGGAGAAGGGACUACAUGUGGACUGGCUCUCCCAGCCUCGCCCAGUUCGGCCGCAGGUGAUCGGCACCCACGUGUUCGAGACCUAUGACCUGGGCAGGCUGGCGGCCUACAUCGACUGGAAGCCCUUCUUCGACGUUUGGCAGCUCAGGGGCAAGUACCCCAACAGAGGGUACCCGAAAAUCUUCAAAGACAAAACUGUGGGAGAGGAGGCCCGCAGGGUGUUCGACGACGCCCAGAAGCUCCUGAACAGGCUUGUCGAUGGCGAGAGGCUCUGGGCCCGGGGCCUGGUGGGGUUCUGGCCCGCCCAGAGCGUCGGGGACGAUAUCCACGUCUACGAUCAGGACGUCUUCCCGCGCAGCACGCAGCCCGUGGCCAAGUUCCACGGGUUACGUCAGCAGGCAGAGAAGGACUCUUCGAGCACGGAGCCUUACCUGUGCCUGUCGGACUUCGUGGCUCCGGGGGACAGCGGGGUCCCGGACUACAUAGGCAUGUUCGUGGUGGCCUGCUUCGGCGCCGAGGAGCUGAGCAAGGAGUUCGAGGCGCAGGGGGACGACUACAACAGCAUUAUGGUCAAAGCGCUGGCUGACCGCCUCGCUGAGGCGUUUGCUGAAGAGCUGCACGCCAGAGUCCGAAAAGAAUUCUGGGGGUACUGCGCAGAGGAAGACAUGGGUGCGUCCGACAUGCACAGGAUCCGCUACGAAGGGAUCCGCCCCGCGCCGGGGUACCCCAGCCAGCCGGAUCACACCGAGAAGCUCACCAUGUGGAGGCUGGCUGCCGUGGAGGAGAAAACGGGCAUCGCCUUGACCGAGUCCCUGGCCAUGACCCCGGCGGCGUCCGUCUCGGGACUCUACUUCUCCAACCCCAAAUCCAGCUACUUUGCCGUGGGGAAGAUCACCAAGGAGCAGGUGGAAGAGUACGCCCUGAGGAAAGAGAUGCCCACUGCGGAGGUGGAGAGGUGGCUGGGCCCCAUCCUCGGAUACAACACUGACUGACGCACCACCGGGGUUGCUGGGACAGGGAGAUGGCCCCCCCUGUGGGCGGAUUCAGCCUAUGUUUACAUUUCAGCAGAGACUCAAACUUGAAUGCUCCUCCACUUAAUGUUUAACCGACUUAAAAGAAUAUGAUCAGCUCUUUUUCAUAACGUGAAUUUUAGAUUUAAGAUUUUAGAUCGUUGCAUCUUGGCCCUGGUAAUGGGGUCCCACUGUGUAUGCUGGUUUCCUUUCCAGCGGCGUUCUGUUAAUUAGGAUUGAUUAAGCUCUUAGUUAAACACUGACCCAAGUCCAAGGUUGAGAAACGGUGUUUUAGAUUAUGUCAGAAUGAGCAUGAUAAUUUGUCACUAUUGUAGAAAUAAGUGAAAUACCCCCCUCAGAGUAGCAUACUUAUGUACAGAACGUCACUUUUAGAAUAUAUGAUUUUAUAGUGGACAUGUUUUUUAUGUGAAGGGAUUUAACCAGCAUUAUCUUUGUUUAUUAAUUCCAUUCUUGGAAUUUCUGUGUUCAUAUUUGAUACAACGGUCUGUUUACAUUUGAUACAACUGACCUUAUAAGUAUUUGGGGAUUCCUAUCAACAAAAUCCCCUGUGUUAGUUUACAACAACUGUACUUCACAUGGACUUUACAGGUUUAACCUUUUAAGACGGUCUUAAUCUUUUUAUUAUAUCUGGGAAAAAAAGAAAAACGGUGCUACAGUCUUUAUAUGAUCACACUCUGAAUAAUUAAGAUGUUGGUCCAGUUUGUUUUAAAGCAAAAAUGUUUUUGAAAAUACAAUGUGACAAGACAUUUCUCUACUGGCAUUACAAGAUUACAUAAAUUAUGUAGUCAUACAGUUAAGUGGCUUUGUGGUUGGUAUUUCUACCUUGAAAUGAAAACAUUAUGGGUUAAUAUCAAGGCCCGCUGUCUUAUAAAAUGCAAAAUGAUAAAUCUCACAGCUUUGAUAGCAGGAAGUCAUAGGUAAUUUUAUCCUGUGUAGACUGUCAGAGGUGUAUUGAGGUAGAGCAGCAAGCAAUACACUGUCUGACCCAUAGGGGACACACUUGUGUACAUGACCCACGGGUGUUGCACUAAUUUUCUGGAGGGCUACAGA